CAGUAGUGCGGCUCCUGUAGUUGCCGGCUGCGCUGAAAAGCUCGAGGACGAAGAAGAGAAAGAUGACAAAUGAAGAAGCUAAGCGGUGACAUUAGAAGAGUACCAUGGCUCACCACAGCAGCAGUAUUAACUCCCUUGCGUUUCCUGUUGUACUGGGAUGCCUUGCUGCUUUGAUGCUCAGCAGCGCCUUGAUAUACCUGUGCCUGGAAGCUGUGGAUCAGUCCGACGAUCAGCUGGUGAAUACCUAUGCAGGCUGUCCCUCUCAACACUUCAAACUGCCGACCAUGAAAAACUGUGGCCCCUGGCUCCAGUGUGCUCAGAUAAAAGCAGAAGUUCGGAAGAUAAAGCUGAUUGGCCAGGGAGCUGUGAAGAAGGUCUAUCUGGCAGAUUGGAGAGGCCAUAAGGUGGCUCUGUCGGAGCUAGCCUCUCCGGAGUACCGAGACGAUUUCCUUCACGGACUGUCGAUGCUACAGGCCCUGCAGGACUCACUGGUGGUGCAGUUGGUGGGGUUUUGCCUCGAAGGCGACGCUAUAGUUACCCAGCACCACCCGCACGGCUCACUGCUGAACCUGAAGGACGUUCUGGCCCAGCAGAAGUACCAGCAUCUAGACACUUGGCACAUACGGCUGAGACUGGCCACGGACUACGUCUCCAUCCUCGACUACCUCCACAGCAGCCCCGCUGGGCGGCGAGUGAUGUGCGACUCCAACAGCCUGGAGAAAACCCUCUCCCAGUUCCUGCUGACAAAUGACUUCCACCUGGUGGUGAACGACCUCGAUGCGCUGCCUGAAGUGAAUCCGUCCCGGGGCGCGUUGGUGAAAUGCGGCGGCCGCGAGCUCACCGGACAGUUUGUGGCGCCAGAGCAGCUUUGGCCCCUGAGAGGCAGCGGGCAGCCGUUUUCAGACGACCUCAUGCCGCCCUACGACGAAAAGACCGAUAUCUGGAAGAUUCCAGAUGUGACACAGUUCAUUAUGGGAAGGACUACGGGAGGAGAUUUAGUUCAUUUUCAUCUUUUUCAGAUCCAUAAGGAAUGUAAGAAUGUAGACCCGAAGCUCCGGCCUUCUGCUCUUGAUGUUUUAAAGGCCUACAAAUCAGUCUAUGGUUCCAUUGUUCGAGAAAACCAUAGAGAUAUGCUGUAGAAUCACUCUUUGUUGAAUAGACAGCGGGGAAUUUGAUUGAAAGGUGGUUGUUAAGAUCAGGUAACCAACUGGAGAGGACCAAUCGGUUCAAAGAGUUCCCUUUGAAUGUAUUUUACUGAGCCUGAGUUAAGAAACGGACUGUUUGACCUCAUGGAGCCAUAAAAAGAAGUCCAUACAUGUCCAGUGUCUGGAGUUCCAGAUAAACAGUCACGGUAGAAUGUUUAUUUUAAAUGUAAUGUUUGUACCUUUUACAGAAAUAAAUGUUAGUAAGGAGUAUUU